GUUCCUUCGAUGGAGGAGAACACACCCCAAAGCUGCUUCACUGCUCGCACACAGUGUGCCUUCACUGUCUCACAGGAAUUGUAGCCUCCCAUGCCAGAGAUGAUGGCACAUUUCGUUGCCCAAUAUGCCGGGAAUCUAUACGAAUCCCCUCUGGUGGAGUGGCUGCUCUGCCACCAUCGUUCCUGGUUAACCAACUCUUAGAUCUCAUGUCAAGACAAAGAAGAGAAGUUAUACCCAAAUGUUCUACACAUGCCAAUCAGGAGCUGUUGUUCUGCGAGUCUUGUGACCUUGUCUUCUGUACUCAAUGUAGUAAUGGCUCCCACCAGGGAAGUGCAGCAAGUUACCAACAUACUGUUAUUCCACUUUCUAUUGCCAUCAAAAGAAUGUCGGAGAUCCUUUGUUACAAAGCAAAUGAAUGUUAUUCUAAGUUAAAUGAAGCCAGUGAUGCAGUGACAUCGGAGAUGCACCAGCUGGAUCAUGCUGUUGACAACACCUUUGAAGAUGUCAACAGAGCAUUCCAGGCCAUUAUUGAUAUUAUAGAACAACGGAGAGAUGCUGUUAUCAGCAAUGUUAAAAAGAUGCGGGAUGAGAAAAAGAAAGUUUUACAAGACCAACUUGACAUUAUUGAAAGUGAAAGACGCAAAGUCCAGCAAGAAUGUGAAGGCCUACAGUACCAGGUUGAAGUCCGGAAUAUAACUAAAAAGAUUGCACAUUUGAAUACAAAAAUAGACUCGCUUUCAACACUCGUUGAGCCACGAGAGAAUGCCUUUCUUCGUUUUGAGAGUCAGCAUAAUGAAGCAUUUGAACACAUCCAGACUACCAUAGAAGACUAUGGUAGGGUGAUGACCAGCAAGACAUUCCCAAGCUUGUGUUUCAUGAAAGCUAAGAAAGCUAUGACUCACCUAAGGAGUGAGGUGGUGGUCUACACUGUGGACUAUGAUGGAGAAAGUCAAACAACUGGAGGUGAUCCAUUAGAAUCAGAAGUCAAGUCAGAAGGUGGAGAUCUGAUUGACAGCCAGAUUGAAGAUAAUGAAGAUGGCACAUAUUCUGUCUUUUUCACUCCAGAAAAUGGAGGGAACCAUAGUGUAGCAGUGAAGAUAUUUGGCAGGCCUAUAAAAGAGAGCCCUCUCAUUGUUGAGGUCUUAGAUGAACACAAUCCAGAUAUCGUAUAUGGGUCACGUGGCUCUGGGAAAGACCAGUUUCUGCAGCCUGUGGGAAUCUGCAUUGAUGAUAAUGAGUAUAUGUAUGUAGCUGAUACAGGGAAUUCUAGAAUCAAGGUUUUGAGUCCGCAGUUGAAGGAAGUGCAGCAUAUUGUAGGAGAUGCCCUAGAAGGAAGAAGUGUCACAGGUAUAACAAGGACACCCAGUAGCUCGCUUGCCUUUGUCAACUGGAGAAAAAAGACUAUCACAGAAGUCACCUCUUCUGGCCAACUUCUGUCACAGUUUACCCAUGAUCAGUUAAAAGAACCAACAACCCUUGCUGUAAACUGUGAUGGAGAGAUUCUAGUUGCGGAUAAUGCGGCCAACUCGAUAUUUGUCUUCCUAUCAGGAGGGAAAUUAGUGAGAAGAUGGGGGGUUAAAGGAAACAAACCAGGCCAAUUAGGAUCAAUAGCUGCAUUGUGUACUGGACCAGAGAAUGAAGUAAUUGUUGCAGAUUCAAGAAUACAAGGCAGUAUGUACGCACCAAAACGAAGGUUAGUAUGCACCAUUUUUGAAACGAAAGGUAAAGGACCAAAGGGGACUUAUGGUGGCCUCUUCCUUGACCCUAAGGGCUUAUUGCUUGCCACCAGACAAGAGCGAAAUAACUCCUGCAUCCAGGUAUUUGACUACAUUCUUGGAACUUUAAUAUUUACAAUAGACUCUAGAGAAGCAAAAUUAAAACGGCCAUCAGGAUUAGCCACGACUCAGGAUGGUUAUGUGAUAAUUGUUGACCUUGGCAAUGAUUGUGUCAAGAAAUUCCGGUACAUGUAGAAAUGGAUUUGUAAUACAUUGGAUACAUGUAUUUAAAAUGAAUUAACUGUCUAUGUUUUUUGUUUUAAAAAUGUUAAUGAUAACUUUCCAUGUAAAGAAUUAAUUGAAAGAUAAGUUAACUUAUUAACUCCGAAACAAUGAGAUUUAGUGAGGAUUAUCUUGGCAAGAGUUGGAUUUCAUAGAUUUUAUUGAUGAAGAUGUUGUUUUGUGAUAUUUACUUUAUUUCCUCAUUUGGUUGGUACUGAAUCAUAAUUUCAUCAUAAAAUUACCUGCUGUAAUCAAGAAUUGAUGAUGAUAGAGAUUGAGAUGGUAGUAGUCAUAUCAUUCAUUCUUAUUUUUGUAUUAAGUGACAUUGUCGUAAUUGACAUUGUUACCUUUUGUUAUAGAAACUUGACCCACUUAUCACAUUCACAGAUUUAAAUUUUGUUCAUGCUUCUGAUACUUACACAUUUUAUUUAUAAUAAACUAAAAUUCAAAAGUACUUACAAGCUUUAGGAAUUUGUGUUGACAGAAAGUACUUAAUAUUUAUCACUGUACUUAUGUAUAUCAAGCCAAGGUUGUGGACCAACAAAGCAUAGUUUUUUUUUUCUUUCUUUUAUCUUUUCUUUUCUUUUCUUUUUUUAAGUCAUUGGAAACUAGAAUGUAGAAAAAGGACUCGUAAGCUACUGAAAGUGCAAAGGGAUCAUUACCCUCUUUUUAAUUUGUGUAUGUACUUAGGGUUUCUUACAUGUACAGGGAUAUGAACAGAAAUCUUUUUCAGAUAUCCAGCAAGAUUUUGUAGUUAAUUUUGAAUGAGAAUUUUCUGUACAGUGGUCAUCAGAACACACACUAGAUACUCUGUAUUAUAUUUUACAUUUUUGUUA